UUCACGCUGACGAGGUUCUCUGAUAUCUGAAUAGAUUUGGUGCAGAGGGUUUCUAGUACCGUAGAGAGCGUUUCUGCAGCGGGGCGAUUGGCGAAGAAAUAAUCUGAGAGGGAUACGAAAAUGGCCUUACACCUUUUGAAGCUUCCCAUCAUACCCCGCUGUUGUAGUAGUACCACUGCUAGUAUCAGUUCAAUGAGAUGGGGCAAUACCCGAAUGCAUUUUGCCAUCAGAUGCUUUGCUGCGGCUAAUAAGUCACAAAAGCUUCCACUGAAGAGAAAGAAAAAGAGACUUGAUGAGUUAUGUGUCGAAAGGUUUCAGCAAUACAGUAAAACCUUCAUACAAUCAUGGAUUCUGCAAGGUAAAGUGUUUGUGAAUGGUAAACUGGCAAACAAAGCGGGGAACCCUGUCUCUGAUGACGCUGUGGUGGAGAUUAGGGCUGAAGUUCCGAAAUAUGUAUGUAGAGCAGGAUAUAAGUUAGAGGCCGCCAUCGAACAACUGAGUGUGGAUGUCAAUGGAAAAGUAGCUCUUGAUUCGGGGUUGUCCACUGGAGGGUUUACUGACUGCCUACUUCAGUACGGUGCUUCAUUUGUUUAUGGAGUUGACGUUGGAUAUGGACAGGUGGCUGACAAAAUUCGCCAUGAUGAACGUGUGUCAGUCGUAGAGCGGACCAAUUUAAGAUAUCUUUCUGGACUUCCACAAAAAGUUGAUUUGGUGACAUUGGAUCUUUCAUUCAUCUCCAUCCUUCUGGUCAUGCCUGCUGUGGUCAAUGUAAUGAAGGAAGAAGCUACACUGGUCACUCUAGUGAAACCCCAAUUUGAGGCUCGCAGAGCUCAAGUGGGAAAAGGUGGAAUAGUGAAAGAUCCCUUAGUCCACCAAGAGGUUCGUGAGAAGAUCAUCAAUGGUGUUGAAAAUCAUGGCUUCCGCUGCAAAGGGUGGAUCGAAUCCCCUUUAAAGGGUGCUGCAGGGAACACCGAAUUCCUGGUUUGCUUCACCCGAACAGCUGACGAAAUUGCAAGCCAGCAAUCCAUAGACGAAAGCAGAUAAACAGUGAGGUGAAUCUGAAAGUGAACUGUGCAUUUUCAGACCAGAAUGCAGAAAAUGCCAUUUGUAUUCAUUCUUUUCCUGGCUAGAGGUUGUAAAGGAUAUUUCAAACAAAAUGCCAUCUGCGUUAUUCAAAGUUAUAAAGCAUUAACUUCUCUUA